AAAAAGUGAAAAAUUUAUAAAUAUAAAUUAAGUUUACAACUGUAAAAAAAUAAUAAAAUUGGUGAGAAAAAAGUAACUCGUUAACCAAAACUCCCGUUCGCAUUUCGUGUGCCAAAUGGCAUUAUGGCGGAUGAUCCAAAUCACACAUCGAGAUUGUUUCAAUAUCGCCAAGACCGUUCCAGAUUCGCCUGCAUUGUCUACACUCUGGCUGUGAUUUUUUUUGCGCUCUCGAUCUCGCAAUGGAUCUUAAUGAUCGCGCUUGAUGGAUUGCGUCAUUUCAUUACGGAUUUUUACUACGCUUCGGUAAUUGCGCUCCUGAUCAGCAUGCUGAUGGUGACGGCUUUUGUGUUCUUCGAAAAUCUACGCUUUGCAACGCCAAUUAAUUGGUUAAUCACCAUAAUUAUUGUAUUAAUGACCACCUGGGGCAUUUCGCGCGCUAUUGUCGAACCAUCUUUAGUACUCUUCGGAUUCACUGUACUCUUCGUGGCCGCUUUGUCUCUCAUCUUCAUAAUAAUUGGUGUCUUCAUACGGCACGAUUUAACGCUGGACGUGGUGAUACUAUUCGUAGCUGCCGUUAUAUUCUUCAUAACAUCGGUGUUCUUUGUGAUGUUGCAGCUUUUGGCUGGCGUUAAACUAGCUAUUUACAUAUAUACGGCAAUUAUAAUAAUAACGGUACUAAUGUUCCUCAUGUACCACGCACAAACCAUAAAUGGCUAUCGUUAUGCAGAAAUGCGUCUCAAUGAUUAUCUCUUGGCUGCGCUCAUUAUCUACCACGACAUGACGCUGCUGCUGAUCAUGUCCUUCUACUUGAUGGCGAAAAUAAUUUCACUGUUCGGCGGCAGUGGACUGCAUUUGUAUGGCGAAACUUGUUGUAAAAACAGCACGAACGCAACAAAUCGUUCCAUCGAUUUUGAGCCUUGGCCAAUUAAUCACACCACGGGCGAUAGUAAUGUAGCGCCAAUUUAUUUGUAAAUUAUAAAGGAAUUUUUUGUCUUUCUAAAAAUUUG